AACCCACAGAGCGAUUCUUCGGAACGGUGAUUGGUUGGGCGGGACGAACGUCACGCCCACUCAAAGGGGAGGAGGAACGUGGCGAAUCCGUCAUUCGAGCGAUUUUCGAAAACCAGACUCGAGUGGCCACCGAUUGGUUAUCCACCUGUCGUCCUGUCGUGCGAUUCACUAAAGGUCUGCAAUCACACCACUGCUUCCUUCUCUGCGCCAAACUCAAUCUUCCCUUGCCCUCUUGCGACUCCUUUCCCAUUCAUCAUUCCAUUGUGCUGUGGAUGGAAGCAAAGCUUGUGCAAUGAGUGUGUUGUGUUCUCACACACUCUCGUCUCUUCUGACCUCAGCAAGCCUGUAUCGGUGUCCAUAUUUUCUUUUCGCCACUACGAGCAGUUGCAAAAAGGGUCCCAGGAAAACUCCAUUUGUCAACAAACGAGAAGCCUUGGCCGUACAAACAAUAUCAAGACGAGAACCAUCGCGGACUGUCAUUCCAUCAGCAACUCACCGAGAUAACAUUAUGUUGCCGCAACACUUCGAUCAUUUCUUGGUGCUGGAUUUUGAAGCCACUUGCACAGACGAUGGACCAAUUCUGCCCUAUCCUGAGAUCAUCGAAUUUCCUGUGGCAAAAUUGGAUGCAAAAACGUGGACUGUAAGCUCGUAUUUUCACCAGUACGUAAGGCCUACAGCAAAUCCCAUCAUAACUUCGUUCUGCACACAUCUUACCGGUAUAAUCCAGGAAAUGGUUGAUAACCAACCUACCAUCGACGAAGUUCUGCAACGGUUCCACCUUUGGAUGAAACAUGAAGGAAUGCUAAGCUCUCGCACAGCCUUUAUCACAUGUGGAGAUUGGGACCUCGGUGUUAUGCUACCAUCCGAAGCAAAGAAUAAAAGAUUUGAAGUUCCUCAAUAUCUGCGCCAAUGGAUCAAUGUGAAGAAGUCGUACUGUGACCACACGGGAACAUUUGCAAAGGGUCUGAGGGAUUUACUCAAUGCUUACGGUCUACAGCACGCGGGUCGCCUCCACAGUGGAAUUGAUGACGUGAAGACUAUAUGUGCCAUUACUUCAGCCAUAGGCAAAGAAGGUUAUGUAUACAGGAUAAACGGGACUACGAAGGAUGAAGCUCUGCGGAGUAGAGUUUUCAGAAAUAUAACUGUUCAAUGAAGUUUUGUACCAUUUUGUGUUCAAAGGCAGCGUUUUGGCACUCGCAAUGCGUGUGCUCUUCAUUUAAAAAUGUCUACCACCAGCACUACUGCACAGUUAUUAUCUCAACUUCUUUCUAAGGAUUACUGGACCCGCUGCUGUGUGAAUUCGCUGUGCAAAACCCUGUAAGUCGAUGCAAGUCGUCCGCUAACUACAGUACUGGGACAAUUAUUACCUGGACGCUGCCUUCAGAGUUCUAUCUGCCACCAUAUGCAGUCUAUCCAUCUCAAAAAUUAGUUGUACAACUGCACAUUACUAUUGCCGUGAUGGCUGGGGUUCGACAAAGAAGGCUGCACAUCAGGAGGCACGCCGCGCUCGGUGGCCGCCUUGCCGCGCACGCCGCGAUAUCCUGAAGCCCACAAAACUCCCCCUUGUUAAAGAGUCUCGGUGGC